AGAUGCCAGGGCGGCGGAAGAAAGGCUGCUGGAAUCAGCUGGUGACUGAGCGGCUUCCCUGGCUCUCGACGCUCCAGUGGGCCUCAUUUCACUAAAGAUGGAAACACUGGAGUCAGAAUUGACCUGCCCAAUCUGCCUCGAGUUGUUCGAAGACCCCCUCCUGCUCCCGUGCGCCCACAGCCUGUGCUUCAGCUGCGCCCACCGCAUCCUGGUGUCCAGCUGCAGCUCCGGAGAGUCCAUCGAGCCCGUUGCCGCCUUCCAGUGCCCCACCUGCCGCCAUGUCAUCUCGCUGAACCACCGGGGCCUCGAGGGCCUCAAGAGGAAUGUGACCCUGCAGAAUAUCAUCGAUCGCUUCCAGAAGGCCUCCCUGAGCGGACCCAACUCCCCCAGCGAGAGCCGCCGCGAGCGGACCUUCCGGCCCGGCCCCGCCAUGUCCGGCGAGCGCGUCGCCUGCCAGUUCUGCGAGCAGGACCCCCCGCGUGACGCGGUCAAGACCUGCAUCACCUGCGAGGUGUCCUACUGCGACCGUUGCCUGCGGGCCACCCACCCCAACAAGAAGCCCUUCACCAGCCAUCGUCUGGUGGAGCCCGUCCCGGACACGCAUCUGCGUGGGCUCACCUGCCUGGAGCACGAGAACGAGAAAGUGAACAUGUAUUGCGUGGCGGACGACCAGCUCAUCUGUGCCUUAUGCAAACUGGUGGGGCGGCACAGAGACCACCAGGUGGCCUCCCUGAGUGACCGGUUCGAGAAGCUCAAGCAAACACUGGAGAUGAACCUGAGCAACCUGGUUAAGCGCAAUAGUGAACUAGAAAACCAGAUGGCCAAACUGAUACAGAUCUGUCAGCAGGUUGAGGUGAACACUACCAUGCACGAGGCCAAGCUGAUGGAAGAGUGUGAUGAGCUGAUGGAGAUCAUCCGGCAGCGGAAGCAGGUGAUCGCCGUCAAAAUAAAAGAGACAAAGGUUAUGAAGCUGAGGAAGUUGGCUCAGCAAGUGGCUAACUGCCGCCAAUGUCUGGAACGUUCCACCGUGCUCAUCAACCAGGCCGAGCAUAUUUUGAAAGAGAACGAUCAUGCUCGCUUUCUGCAGACAGCAAAGAACGUGGCUGAGAGGGUCGCCAUGGCAACUGCAUCCUCUCAAGUUCUGAUACCAGAUAUCAAUUUUAAUGAUGCCUUUGAAAACUUUGCUUUAGAUUUUUCCAGGGAAAAGAAACUGCUGGAGGGGUUGGAUUACCUAACAGCCCCCAACCCACCCUCCGUCCGCGAGGAGCUGUGUACGGCUUCUCACGACACCAUCACCGUCCACUGGAUCUCCGAGGAUGAGUUCAGUGUCAGCUCCUACGAGCUUCAGUACACCAUCUUCACCGGCCAGGCUAACUUCAUCAGCCUGUACAGCUCUAUGGACAGUUGGAUGAUCGUCCCCAACAUCAAGCAGAACCAUUACACGGUGCACGGACUGCAGAGCGGGACUCGCUACAUCUUCCUAGUCAAGGCCAUAAACCAAGCAGGGAGCAGGAACAGUGAGCCUGCCCGCCUGAAAACCAACAGCCAGCCCUUUAAGCUCGACCCCAAGUUGACUCACAAGAAGCUGAAGAUCUCCAAUGACGGGUUGCAGAUGGAGAAGGACGAGAGUUCCCUGAAGAAGAGUCACACGCCGGAGAGGUUCAGCGGCACUGCGUGCUACGGGGCAGCAGGGAAUGUCUUCAUUGACAGCGGAUGCCACUACUGGGAGGUCGUCGUGGGCUCUUCCACAUGGUAUGCAGUCGGUGUUGCCUACAAGUCCGCCCCAAAGAACGAAUGGAUCGGCAAGAAUGCCUCAUCAUGGGUCUUCUCCCGUUGCAAUAAUAACUUUGUGGUGAGACACAACAACAAAGAGAUGUUAGUAGACGUUCACCCUCAGAUGAAGCGUCUCGGGGUCCUCCUGGAUUAUGACAACAACACGUUGUCAUUUUAUGACCCAGCAAAUUCUCUCCACCUGCACACUUUCGACAUUUCCUUCAUCCUCCCGGUGUGUCCCACGUUUACGAUCUGGAACAAAUCCUUGAUGAUCCUGUCAGGCUUGCCUGCUCCAGAUUUCAUAGACUAUCCAGAGCAGCAGGAGUGUAACUGCAGGCCGCAGGAGUCCCCAUAUGUAUCAGGGAUGAAAGCCUGCCACUAAGGAGAGCACAUCUCAUUGGUGACACUCCGGGGACAGAGUCGAGAGAAGUCGGGCGUUGGCUGCGAUCUUUCUGGGACUUCUGCAUGGCUAAACCGGGAAGCGAUUCCUGUAGCCGAACGUAUCCUGCUGUGUGAUUUCUUUCCUCCGAACCUCUAAACUGCUCCCUUCAUAAACAAACUUCAGCUAAUUUUUAAGAAAGAGAAUGCACUAAAUAAAAUCCUUUGAAAGCAACACAAAUAACUACAUCAUAGGUUGAAUUUGGGUGCAAAACAUGCUUGGUUAGGAGCUUGAGUUUCUCUGAACAAGUUGUAAUCUGGGUUACGUGGAUUUUCUCUCAAGCCAGAGGGGAAGAGAGUUUGAGUUCAGGUCUACUUUUAUUGGUUCAAAGUGUGGAAUGGAGUAUCAACUGGUUCUCCAAUAGCUGAGGUAUAAGACUGAUGGGAAAAGGGAGGAGGGCAGUGGAAACCCUAGGAAGAGAUUGUGGAAAGAGAUUCCACACAGGGCUGGUGAGUCAGGAGUGUGAAAAGGGCUCUUUCCUGUCCCCAGUCUUGGAAGGAUUUGAAUCCUUGACUCAAUGGAGUUAUAAAUAAUAUCCCUUAAACAAAACGCAGUAUCAGACGCAGUGAGUCUUUACAAAGCACAGUAUAGAUUAUUUAUAAGGGGGGGAAAUGGAAUGAAUUUUAUAUUGUCUCAUUUGAAAAGGAAACCUAUUGAGAUCAAAUGGAUUCUGGAAAGAUUUCUUCCAGUUUGCGUAAUAUUUGAGUUUUUGUAAUUAUGUUCAUGGUUUCGCAUUUUGGAAAAGAAAUAAAAAGGCUUCUUUUCCCCUAGAGAAAUCCCAUAAAAUCUAAUGAACAAAUUCACAAUAUGGUUUAAUGAGGAAAAAAAAUCAGUGAGCUGGGAGUGAUGGGAGCUGGGUUCUAAUCCCAGUUCUGCUAUGGGGCAUUAGAUGCGAUCUUUAACCUGUCUGGUUCUCAAAGUCUUCAUAAGUUAAAAUGAAGACAGCAAAAUCUACUUGUUCCAAUCUCCCAGAGAUUUUUUUUAAUGGUAUUUGUUGAGCACUUACUGUGUGCUAAGCACUGGGGUAGAUACAAGGUUAUCAGGUUGGCCAUAGUCCCUGUCCCGCACGGGACUCACAGGGUUGGUAGGAGGGAUGUCAUAAGCACACUGCCAUAACAGAUGUGAAACCACUUUGCUUCCAGAGAAAGGCAUUACUGUGAUGCAGUAGGAAUAGGAAUAGUCUCUCCUUUCUGUUGUUUACAGUGAUAUUUUCCCUACUUUGGUUCAGACAGGGAAGAGAAGCCAAGGUUUGUUUCUCCAAGGGCUACAUUUGAAGGGCUAAAAUGUCCCUUUCUAACGAGGCAUAAAAAAGUGGUUGGAGAAACCAUCUGAGCUGAUGUGAUUCCCAGGAGUGACUCACCUGAGGUCAUCUUCCCGUGGCCUUGGACCAUUUGGUGGUUUAGCCAUUUUUUAAAUGUCUAGAGUAGAGGGGAAUGGAGACAGGGCAGCACAGUGACUUCUGCUGUCAUUGAACGGAGAAAUCCGAGAGGCUGGAGGGUCUUAGGCCCAAAGCAGGAAAGCACCAAUGGCUCUGAGAGUAGCCUUAUGGAAUCAGAAUCGGAACCUGGUGAGCGACUAAGGGCCACCCUUAUUCACACUGCUCAGAGACACGUUUGUGGUAUGCUUUCUGAGGGUAUAUUGGGUUAGGGAAAUGCAUGAGAUUGGUUUUGCAAGUUGUACAGAAUCAGAGUGAGGAAAUACUUCAUGAUGUCACCUGGUCCGGCCCCUAGCUCCAGGCAGUUCAACUUGUAAGCCGUCCUCCUAUUCCCUAAUUUUGUCUCUGUACCAGCCACGAUUAUUUUCCUUCUCUCCAGCCAUUCUUUCUCCUGAUGUAGUUUUGCCUCAUUUUCUCUUGCUAGGUCUUUCACAGUCAGGGAAAACAAGAAACAGGGUCACCUCAUGAAACUCUUCCGCUAAUUUGCAAGAUAGUUACCCCUUCUUAGCCUUUACUUCUCCAGAAGAAGCGACCCCAGUUCCUUCUACCUUUGCUGCUCUGUAAUUGGUUGUGUGGCUCACCAGGAUCUGUUUAAAAUCACUGAGACCCUAACUGUGUAAGAUUCACUGUUCCAGGCCAGCCUCAGGCCAAGUGGAAGAUGAGUUCCUGGACCGUAUAUUUAAUACAUCCAAGUACCACCUUGCUACUUUGUUUCCAGUCUGUUGAUUUGAUCUGUUAUUGUGAUUCCAUCCUGUUUUUAGUGGGCCAUUCUAAUUUCGCAAGUCCCUUUGAGUUAGAUUUCUGUCUUCCAAAGUGUGCUAGCCCUGCCGUAAUUGUGGACAUCAAUUAAUCGAUCAGUUUUCUCUAGACUGUAAGCUCCUUGAGGGAAGGGAACAUGUUUACCAACUCUGUUAGAGUUUGCUCUGCCAAGCACUUAGUCCAAUGCUCUGCACAUAGUAAGUGCUCAAUAAAUAUGACUGAAUUAUUGAAUUUCCUUGAUCCCUUCAUUAAGGGGGCUAUACCCAGCUCUUCCUGGCAUGGGGGGUGGGAGGAGGGAGCCCCUGCUCAGCAGAAGGAAAGCCCCCGUUCAGUACGUGCAUGGAGCGCUGCUGAGCUCACCUCCCUCCCGGCUAGGUAUGAGUCAAAUAGAAGCAGUAUGGCCUAGUCGAAAGAGCACAGGGUUGGGAAUCAGAGCACCUGAGUUCUAAUUCUGGCUCCACCACUUGUCUGCUGUGUGACCUCGGGCAAGUCAC